AUGGCUCCCUUUAUGACCAAGCUCUCACUCCUCUGGCGUCCCUCCCGCACCAACGCGGGGAGCACAGCCAAGUCGCCGCGUUCCACGGACAAAUCAUUUCCUGCCGAGCCAAGAGUAGCCCGCAGCUCCACCUCUCCAGCGUCGAUACUGCACACCAGAUUCACCGCAGAUCCGCCAGAAGCCGCCUCAAUAGAAGCAUCAGACACCCAAGCUUCGCACGCGACCGAGCAGUGUCCGGAUAGUUGCUGCAUCGUCCCUGCCACGCCGAGGGAGAGUCUCAACGAGCCCGCGCACGGAAUAAGCAGCAGCGGCGUUCGCGGCGAGAAUGGCUACAGCAUGGCGCGCCUGGCUGAUGGAUUAUUCGGCAGCUGCAGCGUGACUAGAAGGGGUCACACCAUCAGCUUCGGCAGCAACGGCGCCCUAUCCUUGGAUGUCGAACAGUCGCUGCAUGAUAACGACGACUUCCCGUCGCGUCCUGCUGACAUAGACGAGGCAGAGCCGUGCAAUAGUCUCGACAAUGAUCGCGACCUCGAGUCGCCAUAUCCGACCGCCAUUAUUCAUCGCAGCAGCACCGGCGGCAGCAGCUCCGUCGACACCGUCACGUGCGCCGCCGUCACUCUCGCGAUCCCUAGUAAUAAGCCCGCGAACGGCGGAAGUGUGGGCGAUAGUGCGCCGUUAUCGCCGUCGCUGGGCAACGGUUCGAUGUCGCCACCGCCCGCCACGGCCUUCAUUAGCAGCACCCCCUCCGGCGGCUCCGCGAGUGCUCGCACGCCCCGCCUGCGCGUGUCGUUCGCGCCGUUGCGCGUGGAUGACCAGAGCGCUGAUAGGCAUGCGGAGGUUGCGGCGGAGGCCGAAUCGGGGAAAGGCGGAAGGCGGAGGAACGCAGCGGCGGGGCCGGAGGAGGGGGAGACAGCGAGUGUUUCAGGCGCAGUGGCUGGCGAGGGGGGUCGAAGUUGGGAAAGCCAAGGAUGCGGGGAAAGGGCGGGCGGGAGGAGAGAUUUGUUGGGGGAGCUGGCGGGUUGGGCGGGGAAGGGGGCGGGCGAUCGGGCGACACACGAGGGCUACGACGAGUGCGCAGAAGCGACGGGUAGCGGAUUCGAAUCGCAAGGGACGAAGGCCGACGGGCGCGCGGAGGGAGGACCGCGCGGAACAACAGAACAACCGCCAGGCCCGCAAGCCAAAUCCGCGCAGCAAGGAUCGUCGCGGCAGGGUAACAAGGGGGCCCCGCGGGCGGUAGUGGGGGAGCGGCGCAAGGGGCGGCGGUUCGAGCACAUGGUGGUGACCAUUCCGGACCGGGAAGAGUACCCCGCUUUCUCCGGCGCGCGGUCGGCGACCGGGGGAAAGAGAAUCGCGGAGGGCAGGAUGGAUGGCGAAUCGGGUGGGCCGGCUGGUAAGGAGCGAGGAACGAGGGACGGUCCUGCAUCGGUGAGAGGAAACGGAGGAGCGGGAGGAAGGGGAGGGCGGGGAGGAGGAGAGAGAGCGCCUAGCGAGGUUCCUGGGUCGUUCUCGUUUAAUGCGGGCGACGAUCGCGGCGAGCCCUGCCUGGAGCGCAACAUUACGUGGACCGCGGGCGGUGGUAGCAGCAGAGGCGGGGGGAACGGCGGGAAGAGCGGGCAGGGGGAGGGCUCGUUCGCGCAGAGGGCAGCAGUGACGAGGAGGGAAGAGUGGGGAGCGGAGGGGCGGCGGGGGCCAGACGGCGGCGCGGAGUGGCAGGCGGGCGAGGAGAGGAGCCGCAGCGGGAGAAUGGCAUCAGAUCCGCAGCUGAACAAGGCCAAGACCCUCUCGGGACCGCUCACCGUAUCGCGCCGAGCAAUGGUGGCGAUCGCUCCUAGAGGCGCGGGGGAAGGCAGGAGCCGCGCCGCCCCUGUAGCCCCCACCCCGCGUUCCGCCAAAGGGGUCCCAACCCCGCGCGCGCGGCAAGAAGUGAGUCCGCCGUGGGCGCUGAACAGCCCGCACGCCUCGCGCUCGUUCACUGACCGCCCCGGGCCUAGCCCCGCGCGCGCAUGCUCGUCCCCGCGCUCCCGCUCCUUCAAGGAGUUGCCACCUGGAAGAGGCGCGCCUCCCGCCAUUCCCCCGUCCCCGCGCGCGCCUAAGGGCGGGGGCCCGGGUGCGUCCAGCAACGCGUUGUCCCCGCGGUCGCCCCCCGGCUGGUCUUCCGCCUCGGCUGCGCCUGCAGCGCGUGAUGCGCCUCUUGCUGCCAUGACGCCCCGCUCCGCGCGAGCGGGCGGAGGCGCGGGGGCUGCGGGCAAUGGGGGGGGAAGUGCGGGGUCGCGGAAGCAGCAGAGGGGGGCGGAGGAGAGGGAGAGGCGGAGAGAUGAGAAGGAGGAGCAGAAGAUGGCACAGGCAAUGCGAAUCAUGGAAAAGCUGCGGAGUGAGGCGAAUGGGGGGGAGGGGGAGAAGGAGGGGGAAGAAGGGAGGGAGGGGUUCGAGGCGGAGGAAGAGGAGGGGGAAGAAUGGGAGCCCUAUCAGCUGCAGCCCGCGCCUCCUGUAGCAGUAACAGCAGCAGCAGCAGCAGGCAUGGGCCACAGCGCACCGAGCAGCAUGAAUGAUCCCCAUGCGCCACAGCCAUUCCACUCUCGGCCCCCUGCACUCGCCUCCAACACACCCAUGCCCCCGCACUUCCCCCAACCGCCACAGCAGCACAUCCAGCCGUCCCCUCGCUGGCAGCAGCCCCAGGCGGUGCAGCAGGCGAGAGGCAGCGGUGGCGGGCGCGCGGCGGACAGGGGUGGUGGCGGGGCGGGAGAGUCAGCAACGUACAGCGGGGCAACGCACAGCGGGCCUGCCCGGGAGCAGCAGAGGCCGCUGCGGCGAGCCCAGUCGUACGAGACAGGGUACCGGGCUGUCACGGAUGGCGUGGGGCGGAGGGAUGCGGGCUGGGCCGAUGCUGGCAGCGUGAGAGGCGGAGGAGGAGCGGUAGGGGGAGGGGCGGUUGCGCUGGUGUCGCCGAAUAGUGAUGGGGUGAUGUAUGAGCGGGUGCAGGGGCGGGCCGCUGGGUAUGCGUAUGCCCCUGAGCAGGGUGGGUUCCCGUUGCCCCAUGGGCCGGUGAAUAGGACAAUGGAGCGAGGGGGCAUGGGGUGGGGGAGUAUGCAGAUGCAGGGACAGGGGUUGGGCGGCGCAGCAGGCAGGAGAGGUAGCAUGAGUGAGCAGCAGGGAGCGGAAGGGGGUUCAUGGGGGUAUGGAGUGUGUGGUGAAGAGGGUGGGCCACAGGGGGCGGAGGAGGAGGAGGAGGGGAGUGAGUGGGAGGUGGUGUCAGAAGUGGGGAAGUGGGAGGUGACGGAAGUUGGGAAAGUGGGGAGUGGGGGAAGAAAUGGCAGGGGUGAGGCCGUGCAUGGGGGCAGUGGUGCCAUGAACGAGGGCCAGGACGGACAUGUUCGAAGAACUGGCAGCAACAGGAACCGAAGCGGUUCAGACUGGUGCUACAUGGCGCAGGCACCGGUGCAGGCAGGGAGCGGAGAGCAGAGGCGGGAUGGGGAGGAGACUGGGGCGUAUGCACAGGAGGAAGAAGAAGGGUCGGAGCUGUAUUCUGAUGGUGAUGAGGGCAGUGGGGACCUUUACUGUGUGGCCAAGGAGGGGAGGAGGGGUGAAGAGGAGGAGGGUGGGUCAGGUGAGUGGUAUGUGGAGGAUGAAGAUGUUGCUGUGGCUCGGGCGGUAACCGUGCCUGUGGAUGGCCAGGGGCAGCAGGGAUGGGGUGGUGGGGAAGAUGGAGCAUGGGAGUGCAGGAGGAAAGGCAGCUACGGCGAGGAGGAUGAGGAAUAG